GUCAAGUGGCUUGUGUGAUAACGUAUCUCACGAAAAGCGGAGCCUCGAGUGUGAUACGAAAUAGCGCAAGCCACGAGACUGAUACAAACACUUGUAACAAUUGACUUGCGUAACAUUCCUUUUAUGAUAUACAACUUUGAAUCAUUUAAAUAAAAAAAAUGAGUUUAAGCGCUCAUAAUUAACCAAGAAUGCUCUUAUAAUUUUCUGCAUUCUAAGUGACUCAUUAAAAGGCUAGUUUUGUAAUACGGAAUUGGAAAACUAGCGAGUAGCAUAAUACGAGAAUUAUUUCUGUGCAGUUGUAUUUUACCGUUGUUAUUUGAAACAACUUGUAUUUUUUUGGAACAUAAAGCAGCAUAUUCGACCUAUAUUGUUCAAUAAAAUACAACUUAAGUAAAGACUUUACCUACGAGUGUUUGUGUACACAAGCUCAGCAGCCGUUCAACUAUUGGAUGCGUUUGAAAUAAACUUUAAAGAAAAAAAAACUAAAACUAGGUCGCAAAUUUGACUCUUGUGACCGAAUGACGAUAAAACCUUCUAGUAAUCAGAAGUGCGUCAUGACAUCGUCUUAUUGUAUAGGCAAGCUGUCAAGUCGACGGGGAUGUAAGUGACAUGACAGGCGGAAUAUUUUACACUGGUUCUGUGAGGAGUUCGAUCCAGCGUUAAAAUGACGACCCGGGCGCUAUGGAAUACGUCACAAAUGUUUUCACCUACAGAGAACGGUUCGUCGUCAUUGAAAACAUCUGCCUCAUUGGUUAUGACGAUGUCUUCACAUUUGUUGGAGAUUUCGACUGCAUUAUUUCCCACUGCCUCGGCUGAUUACAAUGAUCCAGAAGGAUCUUCAGAUAACACGAAUUUUGGUAAAAUCGGAAGUGGAAUGUUCGCUAACGAUUCCAAUAACAUUUCACACUCUGAACAACAAAUUUAUGAGUACUACAUGUACGGAGCAUUUGCCUUUGAGAUACCGAUUUAUCUGUAUAUUUGGGAGAUCUUGGUCAUCAUAACGGCCCUCGUCAACGGCCUAGUGAUCAUGGUGCUGUUACGCAAGAAAAUGCGUAACCCCACCAACAUGAUUCUUGCAGCGAUUGCAAUAGCCGACACACUUACUGGAUUGGUAACACUACCAACCUAUAUAAUGGUAUAUCAGAACUUUGAAGAAGCAACUGAUUCUGAACAGUAUUCUGAUGGAUUUACAAAUGAAACCGAAAUUUCAGCUGGCAAUAAUUACGAAGAGUACGCAUAUAUGGCUAACGGGUCAAUAGAUAUUAAGGCAAUGGACGCAUAUAAAUUGUCGAAAAGCUUAUGUACAUGGUUUAUGCUGUCGAAGUUCUUCUUUUCAAAGUUAUUUCACACGUGUUCAAUAUUCUUGACGCUGUUUCUUGGUAUUCAACGUUUCGUUUCUGUUGCAUACCCUUUCUUAGCAGGAAAGAUCUUUACAAAUAGAACAGUCGUCAUAACAUGUGUUUGCAUCUUCAUUGUAUCUCCGUUGAUUUAUAUUUAUCACGUCUUCAAGGAAAAGGCUUCUGAAUUUGGUCUCUGUCAAUGGGCAAUAGACGAAUGCAAAACAGAUUGUGUGUACCUGUGGGCCGUUCUCUUCAUUCGCCACUUUAUUCUUAUUGCUCUUCUUUCUAUCUUUACCAUUCUGUUCAUCAUUGAACUUCGAAAGACCAAAUGUGUCGGUGGCAGCCGAGAACAAGUUGCUCGACGAGAUUCAGAAAACAACCGAAUAACGAAAAUCGUCAUUUCAAUCUUAAUCGUCGUUCUGAUACCUGAACUUCCUUACGGAGUAUUUCUGAUGAUGUCCGCAAUUUAUAAACACACAGAUAGACCAUAUCAUUUGGAAACAAACCGGGCAAUUCAUGCGGCUUACGAAUUAGCUUUGAUCGUCUCCUUUCAUUCCAAUUUCUACAUCUACACAUUUCUGAACAAGCGAUUUCGCUCAGGACUGAAACGAACAGUCACGUAUCCGAUUCGACGGGUCAUGGGCGACCAAUACAGAUGGUCGGUGCCUUCACCCCCAACAGCAGAACAACAGCGGAAUCAAGUUUGGUAUCAAUGUCAGCGACUCGCCCACGUUCGAUGGACCAUAAAACCCUUGGCAAAAAGGAGCAUCAAAUUUCGCAAACGACAGCGUAGACAAUACGGAGACAAAACUAACGAACGGCAGCAAUUCUAUUGACAGUCACUGACAACAUUAAAUGAGUACAUAUACAUGUAUAUGCUAAAUCGUUGACGUUUAUACAUAACUAUUGCAAAUAAUGCUAAAUUUCUUAAUGGCGUAAAGUAAAGUUUGCAUUGUCUGUAAGUCGUAAAGUAAAGAUUGAAUGGACGGAAUUCCGCUAAGUAAAGUUUGACUAUCAUGGUAAGGUUCUUUCUGUGGAAAGUUGGCAAAGAUACAAAGGAUGUGUUUUGUGCAACUUUAGCAUAGUUAAAUAAUCAAACUUACUAUAGAUAACAAUAUACGAUCUUAUUUUUUAUUUAACAUGCACACGCAAAAGAUAUGCCUAAAUUGUGACGUUUAAUGCGAAAUAUAUUGGCAAACGUUUCUAAGCAAUUCAUAAAUGUAUCAGCUUUAUAAUGUAUUACGCAUGUUUAAUGUGAUAACUUAACUGUAAUGUAUGUAAAAUUAAUAAUCCAAACAUAUAAUGAAAACGCUACGCGUUUAAACACGUUUAAUGAAGUGCUUCUUAUAAAAACGAUUAUGUUCUUCGGUACACCAAAUUCUUACAAAUGAACACCACACAGCAUAUGAUUGUCGUUUGGAUUGUUAGGAUUAAUGUUGUUCGUAUUUUGUCUUGUUUUACAUUUCCCACGUCAUAUUUAAAUAUAAAAUACAUCUAUUGUAUAUACCCUACAGUUAAAAGUGUUAACACAAGAACAAUUAGUGAGCUAAAACAAAUCAUAGGGAUAUAUACUACAUUUUUAUAAUUAUGAUACUAUAUAAUAUAUUUAUAGCUUUAAUGUAUUCAUUAUAGUCAUUAUAUCAAUUAAUAAAACCAUUUACAUUUU